CAGGGUAAUUUUUUGUUAGCUAGCAAAUGUCUUGAGCUGCAUACUUAUCUUGAGAACCUACAAAAAAGAAAGAAAGAAAGAACGAAGAAAACAGCGCCUGCGCCAUUAGGUCAAAUUCAAAUUUAAAUUGAUUGUGAACGGACGCAAAAUGAACACGCCUGGCGUUAGUUUGUUUCAGGGCGCUGAUACCCUGAAGGUAAAUUCAACUUUGGAACGUCAGGAAGAGGAGGAAGCACUGCAGGAUCAAAAACGCCGAGAAGCGGAGCUGGGUAAUUUAUUGGAAAACGCUUUUGAUGAUUUAGAUGACGACGACUCAGAGAGCACAAUAGAUACGACAAGUAAUUUCCCCUCUGAUAUGCUACCUGGGCAGCCGCUACCCCUGCUUCCAAUGCAGCCCGCACAGCUGCCGCAGCAGCACCAGCAUCAGCACCAACACCCACAGCAACAGCAACAGCAAGCGGACUAUGCAAAUGCCGGCGAGAUUCAUAAGUUAAAGAUGUUAUUAGAGUCAAGGACUCACGAACUGAAUAAUGUCAACGAGAUGGCAAAGGAAGCACAUAAAAAAAUUGACGAGUUCCAAAAGCGUCUGACUAUCACGCAAGCGGAGCUGGAGCGUGCGCUUUGUGAGAAGCAGCACACACAUGAGCUGCUCGUGGAUAGCAAGGAGAAAUGCUCGAAUCUGGACAAUAAUAUUGAGAAGCUGCGAUGCGAGAAGCGUGCGCUAGAGACGGAGAACACUCAGUUGGUUGGCAAGCUGGAGACAGCACAGACGCUGCUCGCCGAUGUCCAACGGAAAUAUGAUAUGGUCGAGCGGGACCAGCACAAGCGAGAUGAUCGUAACACUGAUAUGCGUAUUAAGCAGCUGGAGGAGAAUCAACGCGCCCAGAUUGAGUUAAUGCAACAGCGAGUAAACCAAUUAAGCGACCAGCUGGACAAGAAGAAGCAGGAGCUUGAACAAAUGAAUGUUCGAUACAAUGCGCUGCAGUCCACCCACGAGUCCAUGCUGCUCGAUAAGGCGGAAAAAAUCAAUGAGUUGAAUUCGGCGCUCGAUGUGGCUCAACGACGCUGUCAACAGCUGGCUGCCAAGCCCAGCUACGAGGCGGAGAAUGUGCGUCAGCAGCAAUGCAUUACGGAUUUGCGUGCACAGGUGGCCAGUAUGGACAAGACGAUAGCCCAGCUAACUGAGCGUCUCAAUGGCACUACAGAGGAAAUGGAUAUGAUGGAUACGCUGAUACAGCAGCAUCAAUCGGAGACCGAUUCGCCAAGUCGUUUGCCAUCACGUCUGAUGGGUAGCACGCCUCUAAAUCCCACCGAUCGCAUGGGUCACAUCAAGCAGGAACUGUAUCGAGCGCUAAGCAGUUUGAAAAACAAGCGUGAGGAGGUGCGUCGCUUGGAGAAACAGCUGGACGAGCGGUCCAACGAGCUUCGCGCGCUCCGUGAGGAGGAGAAUAAAACUCUGGUACAGAUGGCCAACCUAAAGGAGGACAAGGCACGUUUAGAGACUCGCCUUAAAGGCUUGCAAGAGCAGCUAGAUGAACAUCACCACAACAGUUCGCUUAAUGUGUCCAAGCUGAAAGCUGACAUGGAUGCGUUGCUGGCCGAAAAUGAUGCACUGCACCAGCAAACGAUCUCGCAGACAGCCGAGCGGCAACGACUUGACAACCAGCUGAAGCAGGCGAAGCUAGAUUUGGACAAACUAAAAUUGGAGCAUGAGCAGCUCAGCCGUCAACACGACGAGUUGGCGGAGGAGAAUCGUCAGCUGCGCAUUCGACCCACUGCCGACAAUUUACGCUUGGAUCUGGAGCGGUACAAGAUCUUGCUAGAGGAUGCGCAGGGCGAGGUGCAGCGAGUGAAGGCGCUCUACGCGGACAUUGCCAAUGAAAAGGAGACGCUCAACUAUCAGCUACGCAAGCUGAGCGAAACGGAUAGCAUCAAGGAGCUGCAGGAACAGCGACAACAAAUCGCCCAGCUUCAACGGAAUGUGGAGCUAGCGGAGAUUAAGGCGCAAGAACUAAACAAAAUAUUGGAAACAGUCAAGCUGCGCCACGAGCGCGAUCUCGAGAUGCUGCGUGAAAAAUGGGAGCGAGAGAAGCAAGAGGAGUUGGACAAAGCGACCAAGGACAGCUCCAGUCAUUGCACUAAGUGCAACGAUCAGCUAGCUGAGAUUACAAAGAUUGAAAUCCAAAUGCUGAAGCUGCAAAAUUUGAACUCCAUGCAAUCGAAGGAGCUGGAUGAUCUGCGCAAUGAGUUGGAGCAGUCGAAGGCACUGCGAGCUGACCUGGAGAAAAAGGUGCAUCAGAUGCUGGAGCAGGAGAAGUCGUUAAAUGAACUAAAGGUCAAGGUGCAGCUCUAUGAGGCCCAGCUGCAGCAGGAGGUAGUCAAACUGGGCGAGCAGCGCAGUCCCAACAAGCAGGUGACAACUUACUCAGCGGAUGGUAGUGGCGAGCCACACGCUUCUCCAGAGCUAACGCAGGCGCGGAUCAAGCACAUCGAGCAGCGUGUGCGUGACGAGAUGGCCAAGCUAUUUGCAGCCGAGCUGAAGCGCUUUACACAGCGCGUCCAGCAGACGGAGGAGCGCAGCUUGUGCCUGCAGCGUGAGUAUCAGCUGGUGUGUCGCGAUCUGCAGCAGCGCCAGACAGAGGUGGAUCUACUAAAGCAAACUAUUCUGGCUGAACGUGAGGAAAUGCAGCAGCUGCUGGGCGAACAGGAGGAGAAGCAGAAGCAAAUUGUGCACAAGUGCCGCAGUGAGUUGCAGGCAAAGAAUCAGCGCAUUUCGGAUUUACUGCGCGAACUGGAAGAGCAGCAUGCGAGCAUCGAGUCCGAGCGUCGCUCCAUGAAAGCCGUCAUGAAUGAAUGGGACAAGCAAAAGCAAUCCAUAGAGCAGGUAGAAAAGCAUUGGCGCGCCCAGGUGCAGACGCUGCGUGAGACCCACGAGGAGGCUAUGCGCGCUGCCCAGCAGCGAUAUCAGAGCGCUAAGCGCACCGCCCACAACUACAAGAUCUAUGCGGAGGACAAGGAGGCGCACAUGAAGCGCGAGUACGAGCGCAUUAAGCUCGAGUACCAGACCUCGCUCACCCAAAUCGAGGCGACUAUGCAGCAGCAUCUCCGGCGAAAGAGUCGCGAUCGUCACCAUCAAAAGCGAAAUGCUAAUGACAAAGAGAACGAGCCAAACAAUCAUUAAAUAUAAUCCAAAUAUAGGACGUAUGUUUAGAUCAUUU